AUGGCCCCCGCAGCCCCCUUCAACCCUCCGGCCGCCGACCUCCCCGGCAAGCCGUUCGUCCCCGAAUGGAAGCCGCCUCCCAUCACAAAACAAACCGAGGGCUUUGCAACCCUCAAGUCGAUUGAUCUGUCGCUGCUCGACUCCGAAGACCCCGCCGUGGUCGACAAUCUGAUCCAGCAGGUCAAAGUUGCCAUUCGCGAUGACGGCUUCCUCUUCCUUGAGAACUAUGGCGUUUCCCUCGAGCAGCUGCACCGCCAGUUUGCGCUCGCGCAGUAUCUAUACAACAACAUCAGCGAAGAGGAUAAAGAGCGUCUUUUGUUUGAUCCCGAUACGGGGAGGUGGUCUGGCUACAAGCAUCCGUAUGGGUUCAAGCGCCACCGCGGCCCCGCGGACGGAAUCGAACAAUUCAACUGGUACAACCGCGAAUGGUCCGACCGCAGCCGAAUCCCCACCUGCCUGCACCCCUUCAUGGACGAAAUCGAAGCCUUCUGCAACUACCUCACCAAGUCCGUCAACCGGCGCCUGCUCACCCUCUUCUCGCGCGUCCUCGAACUCCCCGACGACUACCUCUGGGAAAACGUGCAGUCCCACGGCAGCCCCACGGGCGAGGGUUACUUCCGGCACGCGCUCUUCCGCCCCGUGCAGAAGCAGACCGAGGAAGCGUCCAAGGGGCUACGCAUGCACGGGCACACGGAUUUCGGGCUGACGACGCUGCUGUUCAGUGUGCCGAUCUCGUGUCUGCAGAUUUGGGGCCGCGACGAGCAGUGGUACUAUGUGCCAUAUAAGCCCGGGGCGCUGGUGAUUAACAUUGGGGAUACGCUGGAGAUUGUCUCGGGCGGGCAUUUCAAGGCGACAAGGCAUCGUGUGUAUAAACCGCCGGCUGAUCAGCUUAAUGAGGAACGGCUGUCGCUUGUCCUGUUUAAUAGUUCGGUGGGGGAUUUGCGUAUGACGCCUGCUUAUGACUCUCCCCUCAUCCAGCGCGAAGGCUGCAUCGAGGAACAAGGCGUGUACAAGGAAUUCAAGCGCCUGACAGAACAGGGCCAGCUUGUCCCGACGAACAAGGAGUGGCGCGAGAUCCAGAUUGCCACAGCGACAGAUCCCACAGAUACAGUGCAUAACCGGGUCGGUGUGCACCAAGUUGUCAUUGGUGGCAAGAUUAUGCAUCAGCGCGAGUAUAUGGGGGUCAAGGUUGUGCUGCCGGUUUGAUUUUCA